UAAAAUUAUGCCGAAGCGGAAAAUUUGAUUUUAAAUACUUUCUUACAUGAAUUACAAAGAAAAAAACCUCCUGAUAACAAACUUGACGCACGUAUAAUCGAGUGAUAAGUAAGAUCAUGAUAAGUCAUUGACAUGACAACGAAAAUGGAUGUGAUCACAAUCACAUGAAUCGAGAUUCCCUGAUCCGGCGAAUAAAGUUUUUGGUAGUGGAGGUUGCGAUCCAGCUGCAAUAUGAGUACCCAGAGACCAAGAUCAAGAGGGGCUACUAGGACUAGCACUGCCAGAAGGCCUCAUGUCGGAAGUCAGCCUACUCGAACUGGUGCUAAUCAGGCUGUGUUAGACUUUAGACAAUCAACUGGUGGUUCUAAUAGGCAACAACAGGCCCCCUUUCACGAGUUUCAGCAAUUGGAGCAGGUCGUCUUCCCAUCCUUACCUCAUGUACCUGGACUAAACCUGCCUACACUGCCAACCCUGACCAUGCUUCCUAGUCAUCUUGGCCAAGUUCAUGUAGGAAGGGCCAGUCAUGCCAGUGCAGCAUUAGGGAGUGCUCCCAAUGUGGAGAAUGCAAGAACAAACUCUGUACCCCCUGUUGCAAAUGUCAUCAAUCUGGACCAUCACUAUGCUCCACCUGCUCCAGAUGUCAUAAAUUUGGACCUAGACGAUAGACCCCUGUUUCAAAAUCACACUGUAGGUGAAGUUGUGACGAUUUCUGAGACAGAGAGCAUAUAUUCAGCUGAUGACAAUUCGAAUUCGGACAUUCAGGAGAUUUCAGAUUCGGAACCAGGGGAGUUGGCACCGCCCCAUUCUUCUCAGGGAGGUGCUGUAAGCAGUCCUUGGGCAAGUCAGCGAGCUGUUCGGCAUGGGUCGACACGUGAAUUAGCUGUGAAUGAAGCUGGAGCAGAAAGUCAAAGAUCUAACCCUGAUAGGUCCCAUCAGAUGGUUUCCCAGGUUGAUACUCAGGUCGCUCCAAGUCUUCCUCCUCAACCACAUGUUAUUGUGGGCUCUGACGAUGAAACUGAUGACGGGAGGAGUAGUGAAGAGGAACCUAUGGAAACAGACCAAGCUGAUCGAACCCAACCUGAGCCAGAUGCAGCUCCAGUUGUUCCUGAUCCUAUUCCCGUUACACCAAACCCUCUCAGAAUCUCGGCCCCAUCUGCAAAUUUGACAUCAUCUCAAUCGGCCUUCAGGACACCCAAGAAAGUCGGUGCUUCUGCUGCUGCUGCUAAAGUCAUGUCUCCUGAGAAAUCGGAUGAUGAAGGAGAGAGCUGUCCCAUCUGUUUUGAAUCGUGGACCACAUCCGGUGCUCAUCGGUUGGUCUCGCUCAAGUGUGGCCAUCUUUUUGGACAGAGUUGUAUUGACAAAUGGUUGAGAGGUCAAGGAGAAAAGUGUCCGCACUGCAACAGGAAAGCAAAGAGGAGUGACAUCAGGGUCAUUUAUGCCAAGGCACUCAAGGUUGUCGAUACCACUGAGAAGGAUCAAGCAUUAGUAGCAUUGGAGAAGGAAAAGGAGGCAAGAAAGAGGGCAGAGUAUGAGGCAGCCGACAGCCGGUUGCGCUUUCAACUUGUGGUUGAGGAGAACAACAAAUUAAAACAAGAGCUUGAAAGAAAGAAGCAGCAAAUUGAAAAUCUUUCAAGCUGUGUGCCGUCAACUACAAAUUCAACUUUAAACCAAGCCAACAAGCAGAGUUGGUUACAGAAUGGCUCCAAGUAUCUGCUAGAUAGGAAUGUAGAGAUCUCAAAGGCUGGUGGAUGUCGAGUCAUGACAUGUAGUCUACGUCUUGGUGCUAUCAUCAUCUCACAACCUUCCGCGAACCCCAUGUUCCCGGGUUUUGGAGUUAAAAAGCUGAGUACGAAUGAUUUUAGAACCGCCCAAUUUGUCCACAUCCACAGUAAAAUGAUCCGGGACUUGGCUUUCAAUCCAAAAAGUCAUGAUGGACUUCUUCUCAGCUGUGGCAUAGACAAGAUGCUAAAAAUAACCAGUGUUAUUAGUAAUACUGUUGUUCAGAGCUAUGAGGCUCCAAUGCCUAUCUGGAGCUGCUGUUGGAAUUCAGACAGUGGACAUAUCGUCUAUGCCGGUCUAUUGAAUGGGAAAGUGUUAGCAUUUGAUACCAGGAAAACUGAUGAAGUAUUAGACACGAUUAACUCUCAGGGAUCCAAUAAGCCAGUUGUGGCUUUACAGUAUGUGCCCAGGGAUGAGCAGGCAUCUUUUAAGCCGAGUGGACUCCUAGUAGGGCAGAUGGAUCGUACAUCAUUCUUUGAAGAACUGCCAGACCAUCAACACAAGGUUCAUAUGUUACCACUGGAGGGCACGUUGACAAGUUUGAGUUUUGAGUCAAACACGCGUCACAUUCUUGCCACAUUUCGUCCAUCUGCUAAGACGCCGAGUGUCAGACAUACGGUGUGUGAGCUGGCCUUACAUCAUGAACCUACGAAUGUGCACACCCAGAAUCUCUGCACCUGUCACACAGUACAGACACUACACGGCGGCAGCACAAUGAAGAUGUUGAGCCGGUCUCAACUCUAUUGCAAUCCAGACCACCAAGAGAAACUCCUUGUUUGUGCUGGAGAUGAGGCAACGUUGUCGGUAGGUCGUCUUUCUUGUGUUAUCGUUCUUGCGGGUGUUUUUUAUCUGUGCCUCAUUUGGGGUUGUUGGCAAAUAGCUGUCUUUGGCUACAGUUCUUCUUCUGCAUUCAAUAUUACAUGUACCACUCGUAAACUUAUCCUGACCUCAAAACUUUUUCAGACGAAAGUGUGGGAUGCAAGUGAAGGUCAUCUGCGACAAAAAUUGACCUCAAAUGGACCGGUCGUGGAUACGUGCCAAUUCAACUACAAUGAAAAUCACUACCUGACAACAUUGACAGAAAAAUCGCUCGCUGUCUAUAAGUGGACGUAGCAUUGAGUUUUGAAGAUUUGUAGAA